GUUUUUGUGAUGAAUAAAUUGAAAAUUUGUCCAAAUGAUCAAAGACAAACAUUAACUAUUUGUUAAACACUUGCACAGUUAAUAGACAUAAUUACAGAUACUUUCAGUUUAGCAAGAGGACGAUAAAUUGAAUAUAACUUUUAAUAUAAAACGUACACAAUGGGGUCCGAACAAUCUAAUCAAUCUGGUAGCCAGAAUGCCCAAAGACAAGGCAGUUUGAAUAAAGAAUCAUCAAAGCAAUCGAAUAUUAGACGUCAGCACACUAUAGCAAAUCCUGGAGGAAGUGAAUUUACCACUGAAAACGUAGAUAUCAGACCAGGCUCCAUAUCACCCGGACCGAGUGUUUGUAGCGAUGUAGAUUUACCGUACAUCAGUUAUACUGUUAACAGACCUAUUGGAGAUUCCCCUAAAUUAACAAACAAGCAAAUCGUUAAGAAACCAGCAUCGAGAAGAAUUCAAACGCCGAAACUCACAAAGAACAAAUCUACUCACAAUAUAGUGGUGGUGCGCGGUGCGACCCCAUCAUCAGCGGCCACAGAAAAAGAUCCCGAGAUAUUACGGUUGCAAAGCAUACCAAUGUUUCUGCCCAUCAUGAGAGCUACACUCAAUUUACCAGCAGCGAGGGACCCGGAAGUACUCGAAAGGCUAGAUCCGACGCCCAUAAGGAAUCUAUGUUUGCGAUAUCAGCGCCAUCUAACUGCUGCUGCUAAUCUCGUGGCCACCGAGCAGAAUCAAAUUACUCAUAAAAUAAGAGAGGUCGAUGGGGAUGUAGUUAAACUAGUCGCUGCGCUUGUGGAAAAGCAGAGGCGGCUUCAGAAAUACAGCGAGAUAUUAUCGCAAGUUACGCAUUUAUCUCAUCAACUGAACCGUUGUCACAGUACCUUGAAUUUAACUAUAGAAUCAAUGGAGACGUUGAAUAAUUAUUUGGAUGUUGACGAUAGGUUGGAACCUUUCGUGUGGACCACUGGAUGAGAUUUAAUUAAUGAAUCUUUAUAAUGUAAGAAAUUUAUUCUAGUCAUUUAUUGGGCAGCUAAUUGUUUAUUAGGAAAAAUAAU